AUGCCUGAAAAAUCUCUGAAUUGGUACCUAAAGACACUGACCCUAAAGAAUGAAUUCACAUCUUAUAACUGGAAGUUUUCCCAUGUCCCAUCUGAAUUAUUUUAUUUUUCUCAGUGGCCUAUCCACUCAACGAUCUUCCUAAUUUACAGAUGUGCUCUGAGCGUCUACACAUUUUAUGGAUUCGUGCAAAGUGUGGCGGGUUUUCCCGACCCGAUGCUCCCCGUAAGGCCGUGGGGAGUCUUCCUGACGAAUUGGGCCUACUUCAUCUUAAUGCUACAUUGUUUAUGCUCGUUUGUCACAGUCCUGCGACAUCAUCUGAAGGUCGCCAAGAAAGUCGAGACGAAUAUGGAGGUCAUCAUUAAAUUAAAAGAGAAGAGUAGUUCCCAAGUUUGGUCGAACCAGGUUCCUAAAUUAGUGAAAUUGAAUUGGUUUUUGUUUGCGCUGGCAGCCCCAACCGCCUUACUGGUCACCAUCGUCUAUUUCAAAGCCCUGUACCCACUGAAGAAGAUCAACUACAUCCCAAUCGGGGACUUCCACAUGCACCUAAUGAAUUCCAUAAUCAUCUUGAUGGAGGUGUCUAUAAAUGCCAUUCCAGUUCGACUGCAGCACGUUAUAUAUCCAAUGAUUUUAGGUGGAAUGUAUAGCGUAUUUUCGUACAUUUAUUGGUCUUUGGACCCCCCAAAUAAUGUUAUUUAUCGCGGGGUCGUCGAUUGGGCUUACCCUCUGAGAGCUUUUUUGACUUGUUUGUUUUUAGCUUGUGCCUUACUGCCUCUGUUGCAUUUAUUUCUCUACAUCUUAUUCAGGUUCCGACUGUUUAUAUUCCAGGCAUGUCACAUUGACCGUCAGUUAGUUAUCAUAUCAUAUGCUGAUGGUGAUGUUAGAAACGAUUAG